UCGCCUCAACCGCCAAAAUGAAGUUCUCCAUCAUCUCUACUCUUCUCGCCGCCACAGCCUCUGCUCUUCCCGCUGGUCAGGAUGCCGCUGCCCUCGAGGCUCGCCAGCUAGGCGGCAGCAUCACCCGCAACGACCUUGCCAACGGCAACAGCGGUUCAUGCCCUGGCGUCAUCUUCAUCUACGCUCGCGGCUCCACUGAAGCCGGCAACCUUGGAACUCUCGGUCCCCGCGUUGCUUCAAAGCUCGAGGCCAAGUACGGCAAGAACGGUGUCUGGAUCCAGGGCGUUGGCGGUGCUUACCGCGCUACUCUUGGCGACAACGCUCUUCCUCGUGGAACUUCUAGCGCUGCUAUCCGUGAGAUGCUGGGCCACUUCAACGACGCCAACCAGAAGUGUCCUGAUGCUGUCCUCCUCGCCGGAGGUUACAGCCAGGGCGCUGCUCUCGCCGCUGCCAGUGUCACCGACGUCGAUGCCGGUAUUCGUGAGAAGAUUGCUGGAGUUGUUCUCUUCGGAUAUACCAAGAACCUUCAGAACCGGGGAAAGAUCCCCAGCUACCCUGAGGACCGCACCAAGGUCUUUUGCAACACUGGCGAUCUCGUAUGCACUGGUUCGCUCAUCGUUGCUGCUCCUCACUUGGCCUACCAGAGCGAUGCUUCCAACGGUGCUCCCGAGUUCCUGAUCCAGAAGGCUGAUGCUGCUGGGGCCGCCUAAGCUAGUUGAUGGAGGGCGAAGGACUAGGCUGGCCUGUUCUUGUAUUUUAUGAGGUUUACGGUUUCCAUUGGUUUUUGUUUGUAUCUACUUCAUGGAGGAAUGGCUUUAGUGACCAUGGACA